UUGACUCCCAUUUAGCCAUUUCCAUGGAAAAUAGUAACAAAAGAAGUUGAAGAGUACACUUUGUCAGAGCAAAAAGUGUCAAGCUCUGAUGUGUUGUUGAAAUAAGAGAAGUCAAGUAUGUAAAUCUAGUAAGGUAUCAUGGUGGGGCCAAGGAGAGAGGGAUGGAGUAUUACUUUGGGUGUGUCAGUUCAGUGCAAUGCUUGUCUCCAGGUGUGCAGCGUAGGGUAGCCUGAGCACCUGCCAAGCCGGUCACAGUGAUAGAGCCUCAAGAAGACCAAGAAGCUGUAUUGCCUAGGACCAUGUCUGACUCCAGCAGCUCAGAUGAGGAGGCGUCACGGUUCAGGGAGGUGUGUGACCCCACCCUGUGGAGGACAGCUGUGCAGGGAGCCACCAAGAAUGAAACCUGCAGAGCGGAGGCAUCUGACGAGAAGCCCCAGCGCCCCAGUCAAGGCGACCAGAGGCAGGCCUUCAUGCUGCUGGAGAAGAUACGCACAACCCUUGCCGAGGCGCAUGGCAAGGCAGGGUGUGUGGGGCUGAGGCAGAAGGAUGGCCAUGGUCCCGGCACACAGGGCAAGGCUUCGUCGGGCAGGGCAGAGGCCAGCACAGCGAGGGUGGCCAUGGCUGCCCCAUCCACACUCUCUCCCUUCCUGGCCAAGCAGCUCACCUCAAGACUGGACGGGAGUGUGAAGUACCAGGGUGGCCAGGAGCACAGACUGACCAAGGAUGGCAGUGGUGAUUGUGGUGGUGGCCAACCCCUCCACCAUCCCCUCCGCCUCCUGACCAACCUGCCGCUCGCCCCUCAAGGCAGCACUGACCCCACACACGCAGCAGCCAGGAGGAGCAGGCCGGACAGAAUUCCCAAGAGACUCUCCUACUUUGAUGGCUGUGAUGCGGUGAGUCAUGGGUUGUGUCUGUGGGUGUUUCCAUGGGUAGUGUUAUGAGCCCAGUAAUAGCUUUGGCUU